AUGUCUAGCGGUGGAUACGAGAGAAAUGACGAGCGUGUCUCCAACGUUCUUUCCCAGGCUACCAUCGACAAGGCACUCCUGGACCAUGCAAACCAGCAGCAAGCCCAGCGCCAAGGAGGAGCAGGAGGUGGCCAACAGGCGUCAACCUCAAACUACUCACAAGGGCCCGAUAGGCCAGGAAUCACUCGCAAGGAUACCACCUCCCGCCGCGACCCCUUGACCGGCGACCUUAUCGAGGAGUACUCCGGCGAGGGCGAGGGCCCUGCGAUGCGUGCCCAUUACAACUGGGACGAGCCUGGCAAGGCCCCUAGCAACAUGCCUCAGUCGCAGCCGCAGCAGCAGCAGCGCGGUCCUACUGGAUCCUACCAGGAGCCCCGCCCUGGCCAGGUUCAACGUACAAACACCACUAUCAGCUACAACACCAGCGGUGACCGUGUUGAGGAGCACGAUGGAGAGGGCUCUCUUCGUGUCCGCGCUCUCUACAACGACGACGAGGACCCAAGCACCACAUACCGCCCCGCCCCGCAAAGGCACCAGAGCGAGAGGGGUCCUUCCGGCCAUUACUAG